AUGCCACAAGGUUCUCAUGUACCGUUCACUGCAAGACUGAUGUUGGACUGUACCAACAAUAUGGCAGAGUACGAAGCUUGUAUCAUGGGACUAGAAGAAGCCAUUGAUCUUAGAAUCAAGAUUUUGAAUGUAUUUGGUGAUUCUGCUCUAGUUAUUAAUCAGAUCAAAGGAGAAUGGGAAACCCGUCAUCCUAGAUUAAUUCCUUACAGAGAUUAUGCCCGAAGACUGCUAACCUUCUUCAACAAAGUUGAGUUCCAUCACAUACCUCGUGAGGAAAAUCAAAUGGCAGAUGCAUUGGCUACUCUAGCUUCCAUGUAUCAAGUGAAGUUCCCGAAUGAAGCUCCUCGAAUUAAAAUCAUGCGCCUGGACAGGCCGGAUCAUGUAUUCACUGGUGAAGUUAUCACAAAUGACAAACCGUGGUUUUAUGACAUCAAAAUCUUCUUACAAAAACAAGAGUACCCACCUGGGACAUCUAGCAAAAAUAGAAGAACUUUGAGAAGAUUGUCUGGUAAUUUCUUCCUGACUGGAGAUGUGCUCUACAAAAAGAAUUUUGACAUGACAUGCAAUGACAAGAAAGAUACUGAGAGCAUGUUACUAUUGGAUGACAAUGGAAUCUGA